CUAGCCUAUCUCUUACGUCGGACUCUGUAGAGAAAAGAUCCUAUCGGCUUAGCUCUAUCGGCUUAUCCUUUAGCUCUAUCGGCUAAAGAAUAAUACGUAGCGACAGUGUACGCGUGCCGCAAAAACGCGAACUUCACACUUCCAUGAGCCGGAGCGAGAUAUUUCUCGGACAGCAAUUGCAGCAAUAAACGGAGAAAUACACAGAGAGGAAACGUCGUUAGAGGUUUGCACUGAAGACGGACGAACACAAACGCGCGAUGUCGCGAUCGUUCCUAGUCGACUCGCUGAUCUUUAAGCACAAGCCGUCGCCGUCGGUGAGCCAGCAGCACCACCAGCAGCAACAACAGCCGCCGCCGCACGAGAAGUCGCUACCGGUGUCGUCGAUGACGCAAUUCCACGAGCAGAUGCAUCCGAUCCACUGCUUUCCACGCAAGGCGUCCGACAUCAUGGCCGGCAUGUGCUGCCCGCUGUGCGUGCGCCUGCCCGUAGCCUCGCUGCCCGUGUCCUUACCAUGCUCGGUCGCCGGAAAGACGACGUCGAACGCGAUGACCGACGUCAACGCAUCGCUAGGCUUCAGCGAUCAUCGGCGGAGUCUGCUUGGCCUGCCCGCACAGUCUCCGCUGCCGACGCGCACUGCCGAUACGCCGUCACCUCCUCACUAUAGAAUGAUGGACCCGCGCCGACUGCACUAUCUGGGACAAGUCGGCAUGAAUAACUUCAGUAACUUGGGUGCGCUCGGUAACCUGGGCACGGGCGGCAGCGUUGAUGACUUAGCGAGCAGUAAGCGCAUACGGACGGCUUUCACCAGCACGCAGCUGCUCGAACUCGAGCGCGAAUUCAACGCCAACAUGUACCUGUCGCGCCUGCGUCGCAUAGAGAUCGCCACCUAUCUGAACCUCUCCGAGAAGCAGGUCAAAAUCUGGUUUCAAAACCGACGAGUCAAGUACAAGAAGGAAGGUCAGGGUGACGCUCGCGACAAAUGUCGAUGCCUGCGCACGUGCUCGACACGUGGUAGCGACAAGCACCGCCACGAUCACCAUGACGACAGCACGACGAAAUUCAGCGACGCGACCACUCUGCCGGACGCCAUCUCACCGUCUGAUAUCAGCACCGACCGUGAUGACGGUGACCAAGUGAACAGCGACGAUGAGCGUAUGAUAGAUCCGUGAGUCGCAAGAGGAUUGACAGAGCGACAAAAUCCCCGAUAGAUUGCUAUCGUGCGAAAAUGGUGGCCUAGUAAUCACUAAUCAUAGGAGCCUGAUAAACGAACCCGACGUUGUCGGAUGCGGAGAAGACUUCGGUCGGAAUAGUCGCAGACUUCUGUAGUGCUACGGCAUAGACGCAUACAGACAGAUAGAAAUUAACUUCAAAAUUAUUCAUUGAUCUUGUCAGGUAUAACAAGAGGCACCGAGAACGUAUAGUAAUUUCCUUUAUUGUCAAACGUGUUUGAUCAUGUAUUGUCUCCACGUACCUACUGUCUUUCGAUCGACGGAAUUACAAUAUUUUAAUAAUAAUCGUCAUCAACGAGGUAGUUGUCUCUGAAUGUUGUAUUCGUGGAUGCUUGUUGAAUUGGUCCAAAGAUCUCAUGUACAGUAAUAAUAUCAACAAAACAAUUUUAACACCGGUUUCACUUGAAGAAGCUUCGUAAUUUAUAUUUAGAACAACCCCAAAACUACCAUCUGUUUAACAUGAUGUUAAGCGAGUAUACAUUUUAGUACCUGCUAAAAAAGUUCGAGUUGUUAUAUUACUCAUCGGUUGUAUCGAGACCAUAUAUACUCAUCGAAAUCAAGAGUUCGUAUCAGAGACAAUAAGCCCUAGAUCGUUAGUUUUCAUAAUGACAGUUUUUGUGUGACCAAAGUAUUUAAUGAGAUAGAAACCGUGUAAAAUUAUAGACCGUGUUUAAACCGCUGAACAAUGGAAUGUAAUUAGAUAAAAUAUUGAAUCAACCCCGUAGAUAUUGCUUAGUUUUUUUAAGGGUAAACACCGACAAUAGGAGUUGUGAUUACAUAUUCUAUGGCAAAAACGCGUUAACUACCAGAGCUGUCGGCGGUAGAUUCGUAGGCCUUGCUGCGUAAAUGCAACAUGUAACAGUGAAUCACACAAGAUGCUGGUGAACAUAAUAGUUAUAAAUGCUGUAAUAUUUACAUCGAAGCUUCGGCCGAUAUCAGCACCACAUUAUAAAUAUUUCAAAUGUAUUUAUUCUUGUAUGAUCGGGCAUGGCAAGAUAGUUGGCUUGAAUCUAGUUAGCGCUUAUUCUCUCGUUACAUUAUGCCUUUCUUGCAUUAUUUAUUCAAGAAAGAUUAUCAUUUAUUCGUUUAUAAAAAGGUCACCGGCUUAGCAUAAACAAUUAACGAGAGGUUUAUAAAACGCUUUGAGCGGUAGGAAACUUUCUCUAGCGGAGUUUAUCAUGACAGUGUAAAUACGUGUAUAUUAGAUGGAGAAGUAGUUAGAAUACACAAUUAUAAGGGUGUCCAUAAACAUUGUAAAUGUUGUUACCGGUUUAUUGCUGCAGCACGCAGUUCCCAAAGAAUAUAGUCAUGUUUGUAUGCAAUAAUCUAUGUGUGUUGUACAGUUGAUUUUUCGUGCAAUAAACUCUCUUCUGUAAG